AUGCUCGUCCGACGAUGUCUAGCCUCGUCGCUGCGCGGUAGUGCGAGGCACAUCCGAUACAACUCGUCAUAUCCACUCGAUCGCUUCGCAGAGCUCGCUAGUCGUCCAUCGUCCCAGCACCAAAUUUAUCAGUCGCUUUCAACGGACCCUUACGUCAAUCUCUCUAUUGAGCACUUUCUACUAGAACAUGCACCCGUCGACUCGAGCAUUCUCUUCCUCUAUAUCAAUCAGCCAUGCGUAGUAAUCGGUCGCAACCAGAAUCCAUGGCUGGAGACGGAUUUGCGAGCACUCUACAAUGACCGUCGGCCUGGCGCGGGUCAAGACGAUGCAGCUGUCUAUGUCCGGCGGAGAUCAGGAGGUGGAGCUGUAUUCCACGACGAGGGAAACCUCAAUUACAGUGUGAUCUCUCCGCGCACCACUUUCACACGCGAUAAGCAUGCGGAGAUGGUAGUUCGGGCGCUGCACCGCAUUGGCGCAGUGAAUACCAGUGUCAAUACUCGACACGAUAUUGUCAUGACUCCCCCAGAGACACCAAGGGAUGGCAAUGAGCCGCCUUUCCGAAAAGUAUCUGGGUCGGCCUUCAAGCUCACCCGCCACCGAGCCUUGCACCACGGCACCUGCCUGCUGGAUUCGCCCAAUAUCCAUGACUUGGGCCGUUUCCUUCGCUCUCCUGCGCGAGGGUAUAUCCAAGCGAAAGGUGUCGAGAGUGUUCGGUCGCCCGUGGGAAAUGUAUCGAGUGCGCUGGCGGACUCAUUCUUUUCUAUGCAGGCGGUGAUGGACAACGUAGUAGAGGAAUUUGCGCGGAUGUAUGGCGUUCACACUGACGUUGUCCGCCGGGCACGCCGGGCCCUUGCGGGCGAGCCUGAGAUUUUUGCCGGUGAUAGCUGGGUAAUGGGAACCGUGGGUGAUGCUCAAGGAGAGAUGGAGCCGGAGAUUGGCAAAGGAAUCGCGGAGUUGCGGUCGCUGGAGUGGAAAUACACUCAAACACCCCAAUUCACCUUUUCCACGUACCCUAUUGAGGAAGAUUCUCGCGAGCGUGCACCACUGCCAGCAACCCUUCCCCCCUCGACACGCGUGUUCCUCCGUUUAAAACACGGGGCUAUCAUAGAAAGCAAUAUCUCUACUUCUUCGGAUGCAUUGGUCGCAUCUGAUCAAGCCAACCGUGUGCAUCAGGUCUUGAACGGCCAGAAACUGCACGAAAUCACUGUCGAGCGCUGGACGGAGAUGCUCCGUCAAGGCUUGAUGGCCACUGAUGGUGUAGACGAUGCGCUUGUACAGGAACUGGCAGAUUAUUUGGGAGAUCUGCUAGGAGGGCAGUGA